AUGCCGCCUUUGAAGAAGACUGGGGACUACCGACCGACCUGGAAACUGUCACUUACCGACCGCCAACAUGCGAAAUAUGCUCACAAGGUCAUCGAUCGCAUCAUACGUCAAGAAGACCGCCCGCAUAGGAUUAGGAAGCGGGGAAUGGAUAAGCCUCAAUUGAUCACAUACUGGGUGGAACAAGACCAAGCCAUCAAAAUUGAAGGAAAACCCGAACUGGUGGCCGACUACACAUCAGUUGCGGGCGAGGACGGAUUGACACCAGAAGAAUGGGUAGAGCUUGCUAAACAACUGAAAACUGCAACCGAGAAAUAUGGUAAGAAGCACAAAGCCAACAAGCGGAAGGGGACAGCGACGAAGCGGAAGCGUACCGCCUCUAAGGAGAUCCGCAAAACCAAGCGUACGAAGAAGAACAGCGAUGGCAUUAGCGAGUCAGCUUCCGAGGAGAACGAGGAUCAAGAAGGAACUGAUAUGGAGAGCGAAGAUAGAGAAGCGCAGAUCUCCGAUCGUAAGCCUUCUAAGGACACGAAGCUCCCACGCAAAGAUCGAAUAUUGACUGAGAGAGUAGAUGAGAAAGAAGUCCACCAUAAGGCUCGUCGAACCCGUCGGAGAGGCCGUCAUUAUGCUAUCACUGGCGAUUUGAGUGACACCGAAGAUAGUGUUGCUACCACGAAGCACUCUCCGAACACGGGCGCUGCUUCGAAAGUGCCCGCUCCAGCUGGCAGCGUUGAUCCAGUACAUAAGACAGCGGCUACCAAGAAGACUUCAGCACCCACUUCCAUGCUCCCGCAUCCUCGCUCGGUCCGCAGCAUGAAAGACGGGGUGCCUGGACUGUACAAGCGCUUCAAGCCCGUCGAUUUAGGCAGCUCUGGAGAUUCUCAGGAGGAGCUCGAAGAUGAUAUGAGUGUUUCCGGAGAUGAUUUAAUUGCCCCACACGGCUUUGAGAGUUCAAGCGCCGCUUACAUGUCAAUCAAGGCAAGCAAGGAAGGCAAGGGACCCACUACCAAGCGUAAACAAGAGCGCAAGGGCGAUGGCGUCGAUCUACUACCACGGCCGCUUCCCAUGCCCCGAAACAAGCAGAUGAGAAUGCUUUUUGAAUAUAGCGAGAACGAAGAGGGCGACAAACCGGAAUAUGCUACUUGGGCCAAGCGCCAUGCCGCAACUGCCGAGGAGGAUUUGGACGAGGGUAUUUGA